AAGCGUUGUUUCGCGCCUGUUUUACUUUUGGUGUUAAUCUUGUAAAUUAAAAGAUAAAUCCGUACUUAAAUCAUGGAUAACGAUCGGUUAACACAAUUGCCAAUGUCCAGGAUUCGAACCGUCAUGAAAACCUCGCCUGAUAUGGGCAACAUCAAUCCUGAAGCACUGUUUCUAAUGUGCCGUGCCGCCGAAAUGUUCAUUGAACACAUGGCAAAGGGAGCGCACCGGGCAGGGAAGAAAUCGCUGGAGUACAAAGAUCUCGCACAGUACGUGGAAAACGACGACAAGCUGGAGUUCCUGUUACAGAUUCUUCCGAAGAAAAUUACAGUUAAAGAGUAUAAAACGAUGAUGGAGAAAAAGCCGGGGACGGAUGAUGAUACCGAUAGUGAGGAAGAAGCCGAAGAGGAAUCCAGCAACGAAGAGGAAGAGGCGGAACAGGACGAAGUAAUAGAGAUAGCGGAAGAUGAAAAGGAUAAGCCACCGCAGGAACAGGACAGUGAGGAUUCUGCAUCAGACAGUGGCGAGAGCAACAGCGUGAUAUCCAUCGAGUCCAGUUCCGACGAGAAGGAAAAUUCAAAAAACGUUAGUAAUAAGAAAUCACCGGUAAAGCAUAAAACAGGGGAUUCGCCAUAGCAUUCUUUGCUCUAAGCAUAAACACUGCAAGUUAGCUAGUUCAUAGCUCUAUUGGUAAUCAGUACUAGCACCGCAACCAAGGUUCAAUUUACACCGGGUGUUGUACCGGUAACUACUAAGGACAAAGGUGUUUACACCACGAAAGGAGUCACAUUAGCAAUGAUGGGAAAGAUAUGGAGUGCUAGAAGAGAAAUAUGGCGCUUGUAAUCUAUUAUUUGACCGUUGCAGUAUAUUUAUUUGAACAACAGCGUAAAAUUGUCGUUAACUUACUAACAAACAUUUUCGCUUGUGACGUUUGUUUAUCACAGACGAAAGCAGGAUUCCAACCACAUUUAUACACUUUUUAAAUCAGACUAAAAAUAAAACUAAA